AUGAGGACCCCAACCCCCCUCUUCUACCCUUGCCCCGCUCGACCCAGUGAGCUCCCAAACUACGCGCUAGCACGAGCCGCUCCGCCCCUGACCUCCCCCCUCGUGGCCUUGCCGUGCGCGCGACGGUCCGCACGCCCGUCGCCGUGCUCUACCGCCCGCACCGGCGCCUCGCUCGCGCCCAGCGCCCGUGGCGACCGCGCCCUCCCUGGCACGUGCACGCCGCCCGCUUGCUCUUCCCCACCCCCCGCGCGCCAACUGACGCCGCUGCCCCCUGCCUGCGCCUCCGACGCGCUCGCGCACGCGCCACGCCUUUCGCCCGUCGGCGUCGUCGCCCCGCCCGUGCUGCUCGCCUGCCGCCGCUGCUUGCCGCCGACUCGCCCGCUAGCCCCGCCGCGCCCGCCUGCGGCUGCCUUGCUGCCGCUGCUGUAG